ACUUCUAAUCUGUAGUAUUGUGGGCUUUGAUACUUGAUUUAAGUUUCAUAUAAGCUACAGAAGCUCUUGUUGUACCUGUCAACUGUCGACUUUCUGAGCGGGAACUGUGUUGCAGUACAACUUUUCCGUGUGGGCUCGGUGGCCCUUCCUCUCUUGGUUCCUGCUUGGCUGUGCUCCCUGCAGUAGACUUGCUGAGUGCCGCAGAGUGCUGGAUGCAGCGGUGGGGAAGUGAUUCAGGGCCUCCCCACAUCUCUGGCAUGCACUCUCUCUCUCACACACACACACACAAACACGAUGAACACAGUCUCUGAGCCUGCCCAGAGAAAAGGAAGCCACUCCACAGAACAUGAACACCUCUCUACUGUCCGAUUGAACACUCACUGAAACACACUCACACAUACAUACAUACACACACACUCAGAGAAGCAUGCAGGAACAGAAAGUGAGGAGCCCAGAGAACAGGCCUCCGGCAGUACAGGGCUCCCAGCACCAAAGCCACUCUCCAGCAUGUAUGAACCCAGCCCUGAUGAGCUCCCCCUGGUAUCGGUAUCAGGAUGAUGAUUCCCCUCCUCCAGAACAUGGCUUCCUGCGGCUCACCAAUGACGUUCGAGCGCCGGAGCUGGUGCACGUAUCGGAGAAGAACCUCUCAGAAAUCGAGAAUGUGCAUGGCUACGUUUCCCACGCUCACAUUUCACCACUCAAGCCUGCGCUGGUUACCCGGUUUGAUCUAACAUACCCAGGGGUGACCGCAGCAAACUACCUGGCAAGUCCUGCUCCAAUUAUUGUCAACACGGACACUUUGGAAUCUGUACCAUACGUAAAUGGGACCGAAAUUGAAUAUGAAUUUGAAGAGAUUACAUUAGAGCGGGGUAACUCAGGGUUGGGGUUUAGUAUAGCAGGUGGUAUAGAUAACCCUCACAUCGGCGAUGAUCCUGGGAUCUUCAUCACAAAGAUAAUCCCUGGAGGAGCAGCAGCUGAAGAUGGCAGACUCAGAAAUCCCUCGUUAGAGGAGAUGGAAGGUCACAGGUUUGAUUCCCAGCACUUCCAGUUGAG